GGACAUAGUACACAACAAAGACAGUGAUGGAAGCACAGCUGUACAUCUUAAUUUGGAACUGGAAAAAACAUAAGUAGUUGUUCACAUGCAGGCAGGACCUCAAUUGAUACAAAGUUUUUAAGCUGUGUGUGUUUUGUCAGCUAUUUGGAUACUGUUGAUGAACUGUACCCACUGUGCCCAUGUUCUUAAACCGAUUGUGCAAACUUAACAUUCCAUAACGCAGCUGGAUUGAAGAAUUUUUGUCAGUAGUCAAUCUGUUUAGAUCUCUUAAUAGCUCUUCUUCGUAUAUCUUCCUAAAAAGGUAAAAGUUAUUUAACAAAAUUGCAGGGUUUAUGAAUCUUCAACAAAUCUUCAGCAUCUUUUACAUUGCUAAAAUACUUAAGUACUUAAAAUACUUUUAACUUCUCACCUUCUGGUCAUAACAAAAGUGGAUUUUCUGUCAGCCAUAGGCAAGAGUGAUAAAUGCUAAACCUUCAGAGAUAACCUUUUCCCAAUAGAACAAAAAAUAUUUUUGUGACUGAAGGAAUUGUAUGUAGGUUAUGCAAAUGGCAACAAUUCUGCUUAGAGUUUUAGUUUUCAGCAUAUUAGAGUUUUUGGGGUUUUUUUUAAGCUAUUUUAAGUACAUUCUAAGUUUAAAAUGACAGGGUAUGUAAAGAGGAAUAGAAACAGAAUGUAACAGAGAACUAUACCAUGGAUACCAUAGUUCUGCAUUCUCAAAAACAGCAGUUUAACUAGAGGAUGGGGAAGAGGAUGAGAUCUUUUCUGAAAGCAAGCUGCUGGUGAAACCUAAGGAAGAAACUGCUCCAGUUCCCUAAGCUAGUAUGUCAGUGCUGUGGUCCUUAUAAAAUAUUACAUCUGGACUUCAUAAAAGGAUUGCCAGAACAUCCACUUGUUACUUCAGACAUAUGAUGCAAAGGGCCAGCCAGAUUAUGGAACCUUGGAUAUGAAACAGGAGCUGCCAGAUUGUGGCUAGAAAAAUGUUUGAGGGGGAAAUGGCAAGUUUAGAAGCAAUUCAGAAAACCAAUAUUGUGAGAGUGCCUCAGCCUAUUAAAGUAAUUGACCUUCCUGGAGGAGGAGCAAUGUUUGUCAUGGAGUACCUAAAGAUGAAGCACCUCAACAAAUAUUCUUCAAAGCUUGGCGAGCAGAUAGCAGAUCUUCAUCUUUAUAACCAGAAACUUGGAGAGAAAUUGAGAAAGGAAGGAAAUACAAUUGGUAAAGGAGCCAGUUACUCUGAAUUUCAGUAUGUGGAUAAGUUUGGAUUCCAUAAGGCCACUUGCUGUGGUUAUAUAGCACAGGUGAAUGAAUGGCAGAGUGAUUGGCCUUCUUUCUUUAUUCGUCACAGACUCCAAGCUCAACUGGAUUUGAUUGAAAAAGAUUAUGGAGACAGAGAAGCAAGAGAGCUUUGGUCACAGCUAAAGGUAAAGAUUCCUGAAAUGUUUUCUGAUGUAGAAAUUGUUCCUGCUCUACUGCAUGGGGACCUGUGGGCAGGAAAUGUGGCUGAGGAUGACUCCGGGCCAAUCAUCUUUGACCCUGCUUCCUUCUAUGGCCAUUCAGAGUUUGAACUGGCCAUUGCUGGAAUGUUUGGUGGGUUUAGCAGCUCAUUUUUCUCUGCCUAUCACAGUAAAAUACCCAAAGCUCCAGGAUUUGAGAAACGAAAUAAAUUGUAUCAGCUCUUUAAUUACAUAAAUCACUGGAACCAUUUUGGGACAGGGUACAGAGGACCUACAAUAAAUGUAAUGAGAAAACUUUUAAAGUAACCAGUCAGGGACUAAUUUCUCAAACCAAAGUAAUUAGCAGCCUCUGCUUAUCAGAUGUAACACAAGCUAGAAAUCACACACGACAAGGCUUAGUAUACUUUUGAGCCUCACUAAAUGUUAAAAGUGAUUGCCUAAUUUUUAACAUAUAGUAGUUGACUAGCACAGAUUCAUAUGAAGAAAAAACUGCAUUGUUUCUGAAGACUCCGCUGGGUUGGGAAGUAGCACUACAGCCAAUUUCACCUUAUUCUGUACAAAGCCUUACUUCCUACCUGCUGCAUUUCCACAGUUGUUUGCAACUUGCUGCUUCUGUUGGUGUCUCAUUACUGAGAGUUACUGCUGUGGGACUGAGGUGCUGGAAGUAAUUGUUGGUUUCUUAGCUCAUUUGUUUUGUUUUGCUUUAGUUUUCUCUUCUGCCUUUGUUUUGGUCUUUUUACCUGUUUAUGUUUGUCUUCGUUUCUUUCCUAUGUAAGGGUUAUUACAUAAUAUCCAAAAUUUAAGUCAGAUUUUAUGAAUGUGAAACUAAAAACAUUCUGGUUUUGAUUUAAAGGUAGGCAGGGUCCUUUGGACUGCAACUGACACUAGCAUUCCUAAUAUUUAUUUUAAUGUAAUUAAAUGUUUCUUUGUGUUUCCCUGAGAAAUUCAUUUGAGUAGUUUUUUCUUAAGAGUGAUGCUGCUGUAGUUCCUUGGUAAUUAAUUAUAUGGUCAGAAAAUGCAUUGUUACAAGUUUGAUAAUACAAGCUAUUAAAACUAUAUUAUUAUGUGUAAUACUCUGAUGGUAACAUUUAAAUAACUGUGAAAACAUAGCAAACAGUAGGAGGGAUACUUGUUUGCAUAACAAGUAUCAAUUUUGCUGUGUUGGUUGGUGCCUGAUGCAUUUCAUUUUUAGAAGAUAAUGUACAGUAGGCAAAGCUAGUCUGCUCUGCCAGUGCUGCUUUAUUGAAGGAACGGUGUCAAACUGGAUAGAUUUAUCUUUUUUAGUAUUCCUGAUGUUCUAUUUUUAUAGAAAAUAGGCAGUGAAGAUGUGGGGAGAAAACUGCAACAAAGAUACUGGCAUACAGUGUGAGCUUGGGUAUGUUAGUGACAUAUUUUUUUAAAUGAAAGUAGUAAGGAAAAAAAAAAGUAAGUAUGGUCCAACAAAUGCUUAAGUGAAUUAGAAAAUGAGAACGAUAGAACUUAUAUUUUCAGGGUUCAGAUGGUUGUAGUGAUUCAUAUCCUAAAUAUUAUAUUCAGAAAUAUCAAAUGACUUCAUGUAAGUUUUAUGUGGAUGUGCUAUAGAGAGUUCUUAGAUUUUUUGUAAUUUAUACUAUUUAAAAAUAAUUAUCUAAAUAUUCUGUAGGUUUUUUUUUUACUUCCUUGAUUUUGAGCUCCAGUUAGUGGGGUUAUAACACUUGAUAUAAUUAUAACAGUGGAAAAGUGGAAAAAUAGAGUGAGAAUACAGUUGAAAUUGUGUCUGAAUGAACAAUGAAGUGCUGAGUCAUUAUUCAUGUUUGCAGUUCAGGUAGUGCACUGCAAAUACAUGUGAGCUUAAGAUUUAUUGUUCAAUAAAACACUUGUGUUGCAGAAA